AGCCUGUUAAGGAUGAGAGCUGUUUCUCUGCUGGUGCUGCUGUGCUGCAGUUUGUUGGAGGGACAGUCGGUCAGUGUGAACGACAUCACUCUGAGUCAUUAUGAAGGCAGAGAGAACCAGAUUCAGGCUGAGGAUCCCAGAAUUGAAACUCCAGCCACCACCUCCACCCAACAAAGCUGCCAGCCGGACAUCCACUCUGUACUGAGAGAGAUGAGUGCUGUGCUGGCAGAGCUGAAGGUGGAGCAGAGACACACAACGACUGCAGUGAGCAGCAUGGAGAGCAGACUGAGAGCCAGUGAGAGUCAAAUGGAGGAGCUGAGGAAGAGGACUGAAGCUCAAGCAGAGAAUCAGAGUGCCAUGAAAGCUGAACUGGAGGAACUGAAAACCAAAAAUAACGACUUCGACAGCCAAGUGGAGAAGCUGAAAAAGGAGAAUCAAGAGAGAAAAGUGGCGUUUUCAGCGUCGCUCUCAGGAGGUGAAUCUGGUCAUACCGGACCAUACAGCACCGACGUUACUCUGGUCUACAAACACAUCUUCACCAACAUCGGCCACGCUUACAACCCAGCCACAGGGUUUUUCACUGCACCUGUGAGAGGAGUCUAUCACUUCAGAUUCUCCCUCUAUGGAGGAGGUGGAAGACCUGCAACUGUGGUUCUACAUAAGAAUGGGCACCUCAUAGCUGGAACACAUUCUGUUCAACCCCAGGGCACCGUGAGUUCCUCUAAUGGAGUUUCACUCUCACUGGAAGUCGGAGACGUCAUCUGUAUUAAACUCAAUGCUAAUGCGUGGAUAUUUGAUGACUCGUUUCAUCACAGCACCUUCAGCGGUCAAAUGCUGUUCUCCUUUUAAGUUAAGUGCUACUUUUUUAAUCCCACAAACGGGGAAAUUCCACCACCGCAUUUAACCCAUACCCAAACACCACAUGCACACUAGUGAAUACACACACACACACACACACACACACACACACACACACACACACAC